UACUCCAUAAAGGAGGAAAAAGCUCGAGAUUUGCAAGACAAGCGAGAAGAGUUGGAGCUCACCGCCGGAAACGAUGGCGCCGCUCACCGCCCGGCCGAUCUCCGGCGAGUCUAAUCUCGAGAGGGAAAUCGAGAAGCAGAUGGGAUGCAUGGCUGGGUUUCUCCAGCUCUUCGAUCGUCCCCAGAUCAUCUCGGCGAAGCGUCUCUACUCUCCCAAACGCCUCACUGCUGCGGGGUCGACCUCGCCGUCAGAGCAAUCGGAUGCAUCGGUGGUCUCAUUCGCCAGGGAGGGCUCGCCGGAUCAAUACCCAUCGUCACCUGUGGAGACGCCGGGGAGGACAGUGACGCCGCUGCCUCUCCCAGUCUUUGAUUUCAAGGAAGGGCUACGGAGUUCAUGGAAGCUUCGAGAAGCCCCACGGCUCUCGCUGGAUAGCCGUGCCGUCGUCGACAACAAAGGAAAGCUUCGUCCCAGGGACAUACGCACCGUCCCGGCGGCGAAGGCUGCCGAAGAGGACAACGACCGCCAACGACGCUCACCUAGUGUUAUCGUCAGGCUAAUGGGCCUCGAAACCCUCCCCGGCGCUGAACCGCCGAAGAAUGCGGAACUCCGGCGAUCCUCCUCGGAGUCAAGGGUUCCUAGGGAUCUCCCUCACUGGGGGGUUGUACAUCCGGAUCCGGCGCGUGCCGUCGAGGAGUUGUAUUGCUCGCGGGUGGCGGACCCUGUGGAGUAUCGGAAACCGGAACCCAAUCCGCGCAACCCGGUACCGUCUCUUCAGAGGAAGAGCUUCUUCGAGGCUCGAGACUACUUCCCGGAGCCGAAGAACGGCGGAGCCGGAUUCCUCUAUGGCGAGAUCGAGAAGCGUUUACGGAUGCGUGGGAUCGACGAGCCCGCUAAGGAUCUAGAGACUUUGAAGCAGAUCCUCGAGGCUCUCCAACUCAAAGGUCUUCUGCAUUCCAGGCCCUCCGCUGCUCAACCGAUCAAUGGCCGCUACAACGUCAUCUACGAUCCCCCCGCUUCCCGAUCUGCCGGGGAGUCUCUCAUCAUCGCCGGGAAGGCCACUUCGAGGUCAUCGCCUGGGCGGAGACCUGGAUCCUCGUCUCCACCCGUUGCUCCUAGAUCGGGUUCCACAAGACGGAAUGUCAUCCCGGAACCAUUGCCGCCAUCAAGAACACGACGGGAGCGGAGCCCGAGGUCGCCGGAUCUCAGAACCCCGACUCCGCCGGCGAGACGACGACCCAUGAACACGGAUACGGAUAAGAAGAUCCCGCAGCAGCGGAGGAUCUCAGCCGCUCAUUCUCCUCGACCGAGUCCUAAGCGAGUUGGCCAUGAUCCACUCGCCGUUCCAUCUCCGAGGAACCGGCGUUUGUCGCCGGAGUUAUUCCACAAGGAACGUGUAUACUUACCCGCGGAGGACGAUACCUCCACCGAGAGCAGCAGUUUGAGUUCGUCAUCUCAUUACGAUUUCGAGAGAACGAGAACGGACGGGAGAAGUCUACUGGAGCGUUGCGACAGGCUACUUCAUAGCAUUGCCGCGAUAACUUCCUCCGCGGAGCAGGUUACCGCUGUGGACCCACAACCGAGUCCCGUGUCAGUCCUCGACUCGGCGUCGUUUCUCGGUGAUGAGUGUUCUCCCUCGCCGGUUCUUAAGCGGUCCCUCGUCUUCAAAGAGCAAUUAACGGAAUGGGAGGAUGAUACGGAGUGGAAUCUUGCGAUCUCCACCGUUCGAUCUGAGCUCGUUGAUGGGCUCGAUAUCGACGGUCAGGAUUUCGAUUACGUUUCGGAAGUCAUCCGAACGUCGGAACGGCAUCAUGAUGCGGACGUUUUCUUGAUGCUCGAGAAGCGGCUUCCGGAGAUUGACGAUGGGGAUGGGGACCGGUUCCAUCGACGUCUGCUGUUCGAUACUGUGGCUGAGAUCAUCGAUCGCAAGAAACACGUGUCGUCAUCUACGGAACCGAUUGCGAGAACGAGAUCCGUUGGCCUGUUGCGGUACGUAUGGUCGGAGCUACAGCGGCUGAAGGCGGAACCACAAGUGGACGAUCUGAAUGUUGCCACGUGUAGCGUUAUAAGGAAAGACAUGGUUGGGGACCACUUGUGGGGUGAAGCAAUGGGGGAGAUCUCAGAGGAGGUGCUCCAGAUCGAACGGCUCAUGUUCAAGGAUCUCAUCGCGGAAACAAUAGGAGAGUUGGCUGACGUGGUGGCCAGUUCCCGGCCUAGCGCUGACGUGCUGGUGGCGCCACGUAGGAAGCUCGUAUUUUGAAUCUCCCUCGCAUACGUGUUUUAUUUAUGAGGGAAAAAAGGACACGUGGAGGGAAAGUGAUGGUUGUGAUGCAUGCACAUGGUGGGGCCCUUGAUGGCGAUGACUGUUUUUGAGUUAUAGAAAAGUCAAGCGUAGUGUUUAGUAUAUGCAUCUUUGUUCUAUGUAUGUGUAUGUGUAUUGUAUUGUAUUUGUAUUGGCGGAUCAGGUCUGGUUUGUUGUGUGGCUUUUAGUUGGUGACUAGAGAAUCAGGUCUGGUCUUUAAGGUUGCCAUAGAUAUGUGCAUUCAUUCCUAAAUGUUUAUUUAUUAUGGGCAUAACUGCUGAGGAAGAGGAGAAAAA